AACUGGGCCAGACAAAUGUAUGGGAACAAUAUACCUCUCUAUAACUGUAUCCAAACUUUUGCACGCCAAUAACAUUUUAAAAAAUUGUCUAAGURACAAUAAUGCAUGAACACRAGUAGUUUAUUUUAUUUUCAGUCUCUUUUAAGGGACAUUAAUGCACCUCUGAUGUUUUCUAAGUCACCUUUGUUUUCAAGCAGACAUGGCCUCCACCUCUGAACCACCCAGUGACCUUUCCAUCSAGAAGCAUCUGACCUGCUCCAUCUGUAUAGAAACAUUUACCGAUCCCGUCACUACUUCUUGCGGUCACUCCUUUUGUAUGAAAUGCCUAGACGUCAGCAUAAAUACGAAUARCGUGUGUCCUCUUUGCAAAACGCAUUUGAGCAGAACCCCUGAUACAAAUAUUGUGCUGCGAGACAUCGUCCAACAGACGAAAACACAGAUGAAAAUUGCUGACAUGUACACUGGAGCGGCCGGGGAGGUAGCGUGUGAAGUUUGCAUCAAACCAAAACUAAAGGCUAAGAAGUCCUGCCUUAUGUGUACUGCCUCGUAUUGUUCAACCCAUCUGGAGAGCCAUUAUACAGCUGCAAAGUUUAACGGUCACAAGUUGGUGGAACCUGUGGAAAACCUGGACGCAAGAGCCUGUCUGAAACAUGGACGCCCUCUUGAGCUGUACAGCAGGAAGCAGCAGAGGUGCAUUUGUGUUCAGUGCAUGGAAGGUCAGGAGGAUGUUGUGUCUACUGAAGAGGAGUGGAACAAGAAGAAGGCUCAUCUUGAAAACACAAAGAUGGAGUUGCAACAGAAAAUUACAACGAGACAAAAAAAGAUGGACGAGAUCAAUACAGCUCUGAAGAGUUGCAAGGAGCAGCUUGAUAAUGAGUGGUGGGACAUUGAGGCAGUGUUUACAGCSAUUCAGGCCAUUUUGGAGGAAGCCCAGGCCAGUGUGCUGAAGCCUCUAGAAGACAGGAGAAAGCUCCUGGAAAAAGAAGCUAGAGGAUUAAAAGAUGAGUUGGAAGCUGAAAUCACCCAACUUGAGAGAACCUUCUCUGAACUGGAUGACAUAUCUGUGCUUGAGGAUCACAUCCUUUUCCUCCAAAAGCACCCGUCACUUUCCCUCCAGGAUAAAAUGAACGACUGGGCAGAUAUGAAACUUGACACGUCGCUGUCUUUUGGCAUUAUGAGAGAAACCACAACCAACAUGAUUGACAAAAUUCAACAGGAGCUGGAGAAGCUGGCCUCCAUUGAACUUAAAAGACUCCCAAAAUUUACAGUGGAUGUAAAGAUGGAUCCAAACACCGCACACCAGCGCCUUGUACUUUCUAAGGAUGAGAAGGAAGUAAGAGAUGGAGGACAGAACCAGGAAGUAGCUGAUUCUCCUGAGAGGUUCGAUCGGUUUGGCAGUGUCUUGGGGAUCAACUGCUUGAACUCUGGGAGGUCCUACUGGGAGAUGGAGGUCGGGAACAAGACCGGGUGGGAUCUGGGUGUGGUGAGAGGCGAAGCCAACCGCAAGGGGAAACUCACAGUGAGUCCAGAUGAAGGCUACUGGGUUUUGGUUCAUUAUGAAGAGGAGAAGUAUGCUGCCAUGACUGAGCCACCUGUUGGCCUUUUCAUAGAACAGAAGCCUGAGAGGGUGGGGGUGUUUGUGGAUUAUGAGGAAGGUCUGGUCUCUUUCUAUGAUGUGAAAACCCAGUCUCAUAUCUACACAUUCAAAGGCUGUGCAUUCAAAGAUGACCUUUACCCAUAUUUCAGCCCACACAUGGUACAGGACGGGAAGAACGCUGAGCCGUUGGUUAUUUUUUCUUAGGGUAAUGAAAUGGAUGAAGUAUGGAGGGAGUUUUGCGCCAUUUGCGUUAACUAAUCGAUUAAUUUAGGUGUUUCUACUACGGAUGAUGCUAAGUAGGCUAAUAACCAGCUAAUUAUUUACUAGUUUCGGACUCUGUUACUUUACAAUGAGCAGUUUAUCAUACCAGCCACUGUAUAAUUUAAGUAUAUUUUACAAUAAAGUACCUCGAGUUGUCAUAAAAGUGGCUGCUAGUACGGAGCCAGAAUACAAAUUAUAAGUAAACAGAUAAAAUUAAAAUGAAGAAAGAGCAAACCUAUUUCAUUAAUUAACAUAUUUGUURAUUGUUUGUGUGUUUGUUAUGUUCUGUCUUCUUGUGAAUGGGUGUUCUGAACUGUAAUUU